AUGGUCGCUAUGAUGCCCAGUUUCAUUGUCAGUAUCAGAUGUGUGAAGGAGGAAGAUAAGCCGUUUGCUGUUGGUUUCAGCGCCUUCGCAGGGACACUAAUAGGCUGGUUUCCUGGGCCGGUGAUCUUCGGAUCCCUCGUGGACUCCACCUGCAUAUUAUGGCGAACAACGUGUGGUUCAGUCGGCGCAUGCUCCCUGUACGACAUUGAACUCUUCCGGCUACGAAUACACGCGCUUAUGAUGGGCUUGAGGAUUAUCACAUUGUUCUUCUUUAUCCUGGCUCUGGUCUUUGCUCUCUGUUCCAAGGAACCAGUGUUCCAGUCCCACAUGGAUGAGGUCACCAUUGCGGUAACUGCUAACGGUCACAAGACAAGCAAAAAGACUGACCCUGGAUCUAAAGAGUGUACUAAACCUCAAAAUAAGGAAACAUACAUUUAG